CAGGAGCAGGAGCAAAACUCACAGCCAUGGUUCUCAAGACUGAGCUAUGCCGUUUUAGCGGAGCCAAGAUUUAUCCUGGUAAAGGAAUCAGAUUCAUUCGCUCUGAUUCUCAGGUGUUUUUGUUUGCUAAUUCAAAAUGCAAGAGGUACUUCCACAACAAGUUGAAGCCAUCGAAGCUUACAUGGACAGCCAUGUUUAGGAAGCAACAUAAGAAGGAUAUCUCACAAGAGGCUGUCAAGAAGAAGAGACGAGCUACCAAGAAACCAUAUUCUAGGUCCAUUGUUGGCGCUACCUUGGAGGUUAUCCAGAAGAAAAGAGCUGAGAAGCCAGAAGUUAGGGAUGCUGCCAGGGAAGCUGCUCUCCGCGAAAUUAAGGAGAGGAUCAAGAAGACCAAAGAUGAAAAGAAGGCAAAGAAGGCAGAAGUGACUGCCAAGUCACAGAAAGCAGGAGGCAAAGGUAACAUGCCUAAGGGUGCUGCACCAAAGGGUCCCAAACUCGGUGGUGGUGGUGGAAAGCGUUAAGCUGCCAAUUUUCUCAAUGUUCUUUGCUAUUAGACCGACUAGUUUAACCUAUAUCUAUUUUUCUCCAAGUUGCAUUUAUAGGAUGUUUGUAUUACUUCAGUUUUCUAUGGUUGGUACAACAGUGACGUUUUUUCAAUUUUGUUUUUCCAAUGUUAUGUACUUGAGUUUGAAAUUGAGCAGUUUAGAUGCUUCUGAGUCUAAUGUUAAUCUCUAUCACAUGGAGCUACUUCAGAUGAUUAAA